CACGUGACUACAAGAUUACAAACAAGAAAUAGAAAAAUUAGAAAUUAUUCUCCAACGUUUCACUGGAUAACUAGAUAAAUAUGGGGAAAAAGGUAGAAGAUUCGGAUCCUAAAGAUAAUGAAGAGUCCAACGAAAAACAAGACACAAAGAAAUAUGGAGAGGCUAAUAAAUAUGAUCCAAACUUCAAUGGCCCUAUAGCAAAUAGGGGCUGCACUGAUAUAAUAUGUUGCCUCCUAUUUAUCAUAUGUAUCUUAGGAAUGGGAGUGGUGGGAUAUUUUGCAUAUUCCCGGGGUGACCCCAGUAAAUUACUUUACCCCACUGAUACAGCUGGCAACAUGUGCGGGUAUGGUGACUUCGCCCAAAAACCUAACUUAGUGUUCUUUGACUUGUUGGUGUGUGCUAGACUUAACGUUGGGGCAGUUAUUAAUGGAUGCCCCACUCCUCAGGUGUGUGUUGCUGAAUGUCCUAGGACGUAUUGGACGUGGUAUCCUCAAUAUUAUCUUGAAUCAGUAACCCCUAGCAACCUCAUAAGCACUGUUAUAGGAGGACGUAGUGAUAUGAUUUGUAACUAUGACGUCAACCCAUUGACAUCAUCAAAGAGUGUGAUGCAGCUCAUUGAAGAUGAUGACUGUGCUGCAUAUUAUGUGGAGAGUCAACCUAUUGUGGGAAGGUGUGUGCCAUCUUUCCUCAGUAAGGUCUUGGACUCAGCCUCUGGGCUUGUGGACACUCUAAGUAAUGCAACAAUAGUGGAUAAGAGCAAUACAACAGUGACAGACGUGGACCUACAGGAUGGUAGCUACUGGUUGGCUCUGUUCCUGAAUGCCAAGGAGUAUGGUAUGAAGAUCUACCAAGAUGUGGUUGGAUCAUGGUGGUUGAUCCUCGUAGGAUUAGGGAUCGCUAUGAUCCUUGCCUUCAUCUGGAUCAUCCUCAUGAGGUGGAUUGCUGGGCCCAUCGUCUGGAUCACCAUUAUUCUCUUCAUCGGCUUAUUUGGGUUUGGCACAUAUUAUGCAUUUUCCAAAUAUGUCUCAAUGAAAGAUGAUCCUGCAGCACAAGGGAAUUAUAUUUUCACCACAAAUCUUGAUUACUACCUCAAUAUGGCCAACACCUGGUUGGCAUUUGGUAUUAUUGCUGCAUCCCUGCUGGGCAUCAUAUUGCUGCUCCUGAUUUUCCUCCGUACCCGCAUCCUCAUUGCUAUCUCUCUUAUCAAGGAAUCCAGCAGGGCUAUAGGGAACAUGGUGUUUGCACUGUUCUGGCCAAUACUGCCAUUCAUCUUUCAAGUUGUCUUAUUUGGCUACUGGGGAGCAACUGCACUUUUUCUCGCAUCAUCUGGUACACCAGAAUAUAAGAGUAAUGCCACAGUGGACAAUUCUACUGGUGAAGAAAUAUGGUCCAGAGUACCCUGCGAGCCAACGAAUGACACUCUUGGUUCUAUCUGUUCAUUCGUAAAAUAUGGAGGAGACGAGUACACCAUAUAUCUGCAGAUCUUCAUGCUUUUCAUGUUAUUCUGGUGCAUGAAUUUCAUUGUGGCUCUCGGACAGAUGACACUUGCUGGAUCCUUCGCAUCGUAUUAUUGGGCUUUCACUAAGCCACAGGAUAUCCCAGCAUUCCCAGUCACGGGUGGAUUAUGGCGCAGUAUUAGGUAUCACUUGGGUUCGCUAGCAUUUGGUUCACUAUUGAUCGCCAUCAUACAGAUGAUUAGAGUGGCUCUAGAAUACUUGGAUGCUAAGUUAAAGGGAUCUGAAAACAGAAUAGCAAAGUUUUUCAUGAAGUGUCUAAAGUGUUUUUUCUGGUGUCUCGAAAAGUUUAUGAGGUUCCUCAACAAAAAUGCAUACAUUUUGAUUGCAGUAUAUGGAGAGAAUUUCUGUACUUCAGCUAAAAACGCAUUCUUCCUCAUAAUGCGUAAUAUUUUAAGAGUUGCUGUGGUUGACAAAGUGACAGACUUUCUUCUGUUUAUCAGUAAGCUGGUCGUAGUAGCAGCUACAGGUGUACUCGGAUUCUUUUUCUUCUCCGGCCAGAUUCCCAUUGAAGCUCUCAACUCAUAUGUCCCAACACUCAAUUUUUACUUGGUCCCUGUUAUAAUCAUCACUAUAGGCUCAUACGUGAUUGCAUCCUGCUUCUUCAGUGUCUACAGCAUGGGGGUUGAUACUCUCUUCAUGUGCUUUUUGGAAGACAUAGAGAGACAUGAUGGGUCUCCCGAGAAGCCAUACUACAUGAGUAAAGAACUUAUGAAGAUUCUCGGCAAGAAAAAUAAGUUCCAAGACAAAAAGAAAGACUAAAUCAGGACUCAAAUCUAGUCUAUAUUACAGGAAGAUACAUAUCAGCAUGAAGGCCUCAUUGUAUAUGCCUCAUCUGAGGAA